AUGUCCAAGCUGUUGUAUCCUAUACAAUGGUUUUAUCGUGAAUUCGGCGUUGCCGCCAUCCAUGAGACUGGACGAGAUGCCUACCUCAUCAUAUCAGCGAGAGCUUGUCGGAUGGUUGCACAUGGAGCUAUUGCUGUUAUACUUGCCUUGUUCUGCUCUGCAAUCGACUUCACGGACUACCAGAUCGGCCUGUUUAUGACUCUGACGCUGCUGGGGGAUGUCUUCCUGGGAGGUUUCCUUACCCUCAUAGCCGACCGCACCGGACGACGACUUGUCCUCGUCGGCGGCUCCUUUCUCAUGGUCAUGAGCGGCGUCCUUUUCGCAUUGUUCAACAACUUCUGGAUCCUGUUGUUCGGCGCCAUCUUCGGCGUCAUCAGCGCUACUGGAGGCGACUUUGGGCCUUUUAGAUCAAUCGAGGAGUCCAUGCUAUCUCAGCUUACAAUACCGCAUACGAGACCGAGCGUGCUGUCCUGGUAUGUCACUUGCUCGUCGAUCGGUGUUGCGCUGGGCAGCGAGGGCGCUGGCAGGUUGAUCAGUUACCUCCAAGCGCGAGAUGGCUGGACUCUAGCAGAUGCGUAUCAUACUCUGUUCUGGGGCUACGUGGCUAUGGGUCUGGUCAAUGUGGGCUUGACGAUGCUGUUGACCGAUGCCUGCGAGCUGCCUCGUGAGACGGACGUAUACGCCGAGGUGCCGCAGGACGAGGAUGAUGACGAGCCUGAGCAUGCGUCUCGACCCAACGUCAAAGCAGACUUUGAUCUUCCGAAGCGCAGAUGGUACAAUCGUCUUUCUGGCCGGCUGUCGCAGAUCUCUGCGCCAACACGGAAGGUCAUGUACAAACUGUGGAUACUGCUCGCACUGGAUUCAGUCGCAGACGGCAUGGUGCCGUGGUCCCUGACCAAUUACUAUGUUGACGAACGCUUCCACCCCAAAAAGUCCUCUCUAGGCGACAUCACAUCUGCAGCAUUCGUCCUCGCAGCUGUCUCUACCGUCUUCGCCGGACCACUGGCCCAGAAAAUCGGCCUGAUCAACACAAUGGUGUUCACGCAUGUGCCUUCCUCCGCAGCUGUUCUAAUCUUCCCACUGGCGCCAAAUCUGGCUUUUGCAAUAAUACUGCUGUUCGUCCGAACCGGCCUCAACAACAUGGACCAAGCGCCCAGAUCUGCCUUCAUCGCUGGUGUCGUCAAGCCCGAGGAGAGGACAGCGGUGAUGGGCAUUACGAGCAUGAUUCGGACGGUUGCGGCGAUGGCUGGCCCGACAUUGACUGGAAUUUUGGCUGGUAAUGAUCAAUUCUGGAUUGCUUUCGUUGCAGCCGGUGUGUGUCGGCUGGUCUACGAUUUCGGACUGUACGUGCUGUUCAUUAACGUGAAGUUGCAUCAGCAUGAGACCGGGCCAGCUGGCAGCGGAACAAUCGCUGUUCCACCGCGACUGAGUGACGAAGAGAUGACCGAGCUUGACGAUAUAGGCCACAAAAAGGGUAUGGACACUGCCACAACCAGGUCAGAAACUCCGGACACCUUGUCAAGGCUGAGCGUGAGCGACGAGGGGAGAUUGGCACCGCACACGACUUCAGCAGUGCGAAGAAGAUCCCCGUCACCAUUGGGCAAGUACGUUAGCAUUGCUUAG